AUGGGAAAUGAAAGAUCAAAUUCGUCGAAUGUGGCUUGUUCACCGCCCAUACCUAGAGUUCCUACCGUACAAUUGACCGAACGCAGUGCUUCAGAAGAUAAUGCAUCAUCUGCAACCGCUCAGACGUCUGUUUCGUCGUCGUCAACAUCAUCAUCAGCAGUGACUAGCAACAAAUUUCGUAAUUCAAAGUCAGCUUCGGCUGUUAUGCUAACGGAACGGGCUGGUGUACGUCGGCAAGUGGCGGACAAUCUGGUUCAUUCGAACAUUUGCCAACAUUGCGUGUUAGAAACGAGGAAUUGCAGAGAUCAGUAUCAUCUCCACAGGUGAG